AUGCCUAAGGAGAAGUCACUGUCGCUGGCCCUGGCCAUCUACUUCACGGGAGUGCCGCCCGGUUACAAUUGCAUCAGGCACACGAGAAAGGUAGUGAGGGAGCGUAGAGACCAUCGCGAGCACAAGUAUCUGGGGGAACCAAAGCUGUCGUGGCCUCCCAGCGCCCUCGGUCACGAAGGUCCUGGCCGCGGGAGUCUCCAUCGCCGCGAGAGCCUCCGCCGCGAAGCCAUCGUUAUCAUGGAGGGACCUUCGUUCCGGCGUCCCGAGCCCCGAGACUCUGAUGUCGUUACCUCCAGCACCAGCGCCUCCUAUUCCACACCACCGCCGAGCCCGGUUGACCAGUAG